AUGGACAUUAGAGCCUUACGAUUGGAGCUGGGAUUCACUUACACUAGUUCUACUGAUUGGGCAAUAACAGGGAUAGCUCUGUCAUUCCCCUAUAUUUUAACGGUGUCCCACUGCAAUGUGCUAUCGUUGUUUAGUAUUCAAGCUGUCAAUGAGAACUUGGACCACAGCCCCGUCGAAUUGAUAGAGAAGGCCUAUCUCCUUGCAACACUCAAAGCCGAGAGCAUAUUGGCGCCCAUGUCAUUGUCUGUGCGUGCCGCAGGCUCGGAAAUCAUAUCUUCUAUAGUGUAUAGCUUUUACCACAUCAGCUGUGGCUGGUCAAUAGGUUUGCAGGAACUACAUUUCAACAAAAGUGGUCAGCAGAUCAAUUCACGACUCACAACUACGGUGGACUGUCAAUAUGGUGUGAUACCGUUACGUCCAUCUAGCCGGGUACCAGAAGAGCCAAAAUCUUUACUGAGCAGUGACCUGUACGGGUGGCCUACUGAACCAUCGAUCUUACAUCGAGAACCUCCAACCUCGAUCUCCUAUUCGCACCCAUACCUCUUGACUUCUCACGCAGACAACACGUUGACUGUGUACCUUAUUGUUUCUACAACAACAAGUCUUUAUGUCAAAGGCGGCCAGAGACUCUGGGGCCACACCACGUCAGUUGCAGCCGUACAAGUAGGUGAUCAUGGUAAAGCAGUAUCUGUUAGUUCACGUGGUGAUGAAAUUCGAAUAUGGGAACUCGAGCCUUUGAUCUCUUAUUUUGGGACGCAGAGGAUGUUAGAGGAAAAGAGCAUACAAGUUAGCCCUGAGAACAAGCAAUGUCGGAAGUAUGACAACUUCGGCAUAUUAUCAGGAGUCUCUCGUUGCGAAGUCAAUGGGGAUCAAUCCUCCUCUCUGGAAAGAUCUUACGAAUUGGACCGGAUACGAGGCUGCGUUGGAUUCGAUGAUGAGCGUGUGCUUCUGCUUCGGGAACGGAGUGUCGGAAAACAGCUACUAGAAUUAUAUGACUUCACAUGA